AUGAAUGAUGAAAAAUGGGAUAGUAUUAAUUAUUUCUUGAAAUUUACGGAACCAAUUGUUGAUAUGCUAAGAAGUGCCGAUAUUGAUGGUCCAAAAUUACAUCUCAUCUAUGAUAUAUGGGACUCAAUAAUUGAGAAGGUCAAGAAAGUCAUCUUUGAGCAUGAGGGGAAAGAUCUCAUUUCCGGUCAAUCAAAUUUUUUUGAUACUAUUCAUGAUAUUCUUGUGGCUAGGUGGAACAAAAGUAACACACCUCUACAUUGUAUGGCACAUUCUUUGGUUCCCAAAUACUAUCAUGAAUCAUGGCUUCAAGGAGAGAAUCGAAUUCGAAAGCUAGCUCCUAAUGAAGAUAGUGAAAUUUCAUUGAAUAGAGUCAAGUGCUUUCAAAGGUACUUUAAAGAUUCUAAUGAAAUGAAACAAGUCUCAUUGGAGUAUGGAUCCUUUUGUAGCGGAAGUGGCUAUUUUAGUGAGCCUCACGUGAUUGAGGCUAUGAUGUAUGAAGAUUCUCUUUCUUGGUGGGCAAAUCAUGGGGUCUUGGCUCCACUUUUGCAACUAUUAGCUUACAAGUUGCUUACUCAACCGACUUCUUCUUCUUGUUGUGAAAGAAAUUGGAGUACUUAUUCUUUGAUUCACAAUAUCAAGAGAAAUAAGUUAGCAACUUCAAGAGCCGAAGAUUUAGUGUUUGUACAUUAUAAUCUCUGGUUGUUGUCUCGCAAGAAAGAGAAAAUAUAUGGGAUGUUGGUAUGUGGAGAUCGAUUUGAUAUUGAUGAGACAACUAAUGAUCUAACCGAGCUUUCAAUAGAUGAACCUCAAAUUGAAGGUGUGCUAUUUGAGGAAGAGUUUGAAGAUUUGGAAGAAGUUGAGGAAGAUUAUUUUCACUUUCAGUUUGUUUCAAGAGACAAGAGUUGUUAUCCAUGUUCUAAGGAAGAAUGGAAGAGUAAUCUCAUCUUGAAGAAUGGAAGAUUGAAUUCUACAAAAUACAUGUAA